AUGAACCAUAAAAGCCAGAAGGCGAAAACUGUCUCAGUUUCGAAGCCUUUACUUAAAUUGAAAUUACUUGAUUGUUUAAGACAAUCGAACUUUCAACAGUUAUGCCAUCUUAUUGCGAACGAGUUCCAGCCAUUUGACGAACCAACUGUCAGAUCCGUUUUUGAACUAAUUUUACAUUAUGCCGUCCAAGUGUCCCCAGCAUCGUUGAUUAAAGAUAUUGUACAAAACUGGACUACGAAAGGUUCCAGCAAUUCACAACUUUUCAUUGAUGUAAAUAAGCAGGAUCAGGAUGGAAAUACACCUUUACAUCUUGCUGCUUUUCAAUCGAGAGGAGAUGUGGUGACGGUUCUAAUGAACCAUCCGGACAUCAAUGAUUGUAUACUGAACGACGCUCAUUUGCAACCGAUUGAAAUGUGCAAGAACUUGAACAUUGCGCAAAUGAUGCAAGUUGCUAGAGCCAAUUACGUCGCAGAGAUCGCCCAGGAGUUUAGACAGGCUUUCAAUAAUAGAGAUAUCGACCACUUGAAUUCAAUACUGUCUAACCCAAGAAAUCAGGAACUUUUAGACAUCAACGGAAUGGAGCCUGAGACUGGUGAUACAGUAUUGCAUGAAUUUGUCAAGAAAAGAGACAUUCUAUUGUGCAGAUGGAUUUUAGAUCAUGGUGGUGAUCCUUUUAAAAGAGACAGUCGGGGUAAAUUACCCAUUGAUUUACUCAAGAAAGUUUCUUCAAAAGAACAAAACGAUAAGAAGAACGCUAUUGACCUAGAAUUGAAAAAAAUGUUGGAGAAGGCUGCAAGAGAACAGAGUGUUAUAGACGUGACCAAUAACUUGCAUGAGCCUCCAACUUAUAAGGGAUACUUAAGGAAAUGGACCAACUUUGCUCAAGGCUAUAAAUUACGGUGGUUUAUUUUGAGCUCUGAUGGUAUUUUCUCUUAUUACAAAGAUCAAGCCGAUACUUCAAAUGCUUGCAGGGGUUCUCUCAACAUGUCUACCUGCUAUUUGCAUUUAGAUUCUUCAGAAAAACUCAAGUUUGAGAUUAUUGGCGGGAGCAAUGGCACCAUCAGAUGGCACUUGAAAGGAAACCAUCCUAUCGAAACAAAUAAAUGGGUGUGGGCUAUUCAAAGUGCCAUUAGGUUUGCGAAAGACAGAGAAAUAAUGACUAAGAAUGGGCAUGCUGUUUCUUCUACACAUGGUUCGGGCAGCUCAGGGUCCCAGGAUAAGUCAUUAGAAAAUAAACCACCUUCUAGCAUGCCUUCAUUGCACUCUUAUGACAACAGACAGCAGCAACCACCACACCGCAGAACUACUAGCAGUGCCUCCUCUGUUUCAUCUGCUGAGUUAGUUGAAUUGAAUAGUAACUUGACAGAGAGCGGUAAGGAUUUCGUUUCCAAGGUCAGAAACUCGCGUAAUUCCAACCUGAGUGUUUCCCCAUUGAGCAGCAUCGCGGAUGACCAGACUGCAUCGUUUUCUUCGGACCAAGAUAACAAAGUUGACACUUUGAGAAACAAAUCAGGUUCUGGGAAAGGGUUCAGAACCAACCAAAGUAUCGAUGGUGAAGAUAUUGAAGAUGAUGCAGAAGAUGAUGAAGACGAUGAUGAAGACGAUCAGGGUAUGUUGGAGACUUUAGGCGGAGAUGAUGAUGAAGAUGUUAAAAUGGUUUACGGACCGCAUGCCCAAGAGAUAACUAUUCUCCAAAGGGCAAUUUCAAUCGAGUUAAGCUCUUUAAUUGAGUUAAUAAACGAGAAUGAUCCAUCUGAAGAGCAUAUAAAAACCGCAAGAAAGUCUCUAGGAUUUAUUACUAAGAAUUUCUCCGAGUUAAAUCAAAUGUCACAAACAAGAGAUAAGAAGUUGAUCAAAAUGUUAUCCAAACAAAGAGACAUCAAUAAUUUAUGGAUCAAGUCAGUUAAAGAUUUGGAGCUUGAACUCCUGGAAAAGGGGGAGAAACUAGUAUCACUUGAUAUUGAGAGAAAGAAUUUGAAAAAGCUCUUACAAAAGAAACUCUCAGAAGUAAAUACUGCAGAUUUUAGUUUGGACAAUAAAACUGUAGGAGAUAAAGGUAAUGACUCAGCUAAACCUUUACAAGAAAUAGUUGAAUUCAUUGAAAAUCAUGAGUCUGAUGAAGAUAUUGACUCUGAAGUUGACGAAUUUUUUGAUGCCGAAGAUCUCGAUAACGAAGAAACCUCCAUAGCAUCUGUGGACGCUCCAACCAGCGGUAAUCAAACAGCUUUAUCACCUGAUAAGGAAAACGCUGUAUCCAUUCCAUCAACUCAAGACGAUUCCAAUGAAACACUCGAAAAAAGUCAAGAAGAGCCCUCUGUUACCAAGUCUACUGUGCCUGAAAUUGUAAUCUCACCUGAAGGUUCUACUGUGGAUAAGGGUGUAACAGAGGAAAGUGUUGAAACAGAGUUACCAUUGGCUGUAACAGCGGAACAGAAGACGAAAGCAAAGGUGCUACUGGAGGAGGGAUCUUUCUUAGGAUAUGAGGAUAAGUUGAGACAGAGAUUGAAGCUAGGAAAAGAUGACCGUCCAUCUGUAAGUUUGUGGUCCGUCCUUAAAUCCAUGGUUGGAAAAGAUAUGACCAGAAUGACAUUACCAGUCAGUUUUAAUGAGCCAACAUCCUUAUUGCAAAGAGUUGCCGAGGAUUUAGAAUAUGCAGACUUGUUGAACCAAGCAGCGUCAUUCGAAGACUCUACACUCAGACUGUUGUAUGUUGCUAUAUUUACGGUCUCUUCGUAUGCUUCUACUGUAAAACGUGUCGCUAAACCGUUCAAUCCAUUGUUAGGAGAAACAUUUGAAUACUCCAGGCCAGAUAAAAGUUACAGAUUCUUCACUGAACAAGUUUCUCACCAUCCACCGAUUAGUGCCACAUGGACUGAGUCGCCAAAAUGGGAUUUCUUUGGUGAAUCCUUCGUUGACUCGAAAUUCAAUGGUAGAUCCUUUGAUUUCAAACAUUUGGGUCUAUGGUAUCUAACGAUCAGACCCGAUUCAAAUGGUAAAGAAGAGUUGUACACUUACAAAAAGCCAAACAAUCAAGUUGUGGGUAUCCUUUUAGGAAAUCCUCAAGUUGAUAAUUACGGAGAUGUGAAAAUUGUCAAUCACAACACAGGCGAUUACUGUAUGAUCCACUUUAAGGCCAGAGGAUGGAGAUCAAGUAGUGCUUAUGAAGUCAAGGGUGAAGUCUAUAAUGCCAAAGGUGGUAAGGAAUGGAUCUUUGGUGGCCGCUGGAACGAGUCAGUAUCUGCGAAGAAAGUUUUGAAACCUAAUUCUUUGGAAGAGAUGCAAGUAGACGAGUUGAAACAUAGCGUAACUCACACAAGCAGCGGUAAUUCAGUUGGCCCUAAAUAUGAUGGUACUAGAUUUAACGUAUGGCAUGUUAAUGAAAGACCAGAAUUCCCAUUCAAUUUGACAAAGUUUGCAGUGACAUUGAAUGCUCCUCAACCACAUCUAUUGCCAUGGCUACCUCCGACUGAUACCAGAUUAAGACCUGAUCAAAGGGCCAUGGAAGAAGGUAGAUAUGAUGAAGCAGCUACCGAAAAACAUCGUGUUGAAGAAAGGCAAAGAAGCGUCAGAAAGAAGAGAGAGGAGAAAAACAUCACUUACCAACAAAGAUGGUUCAAAAAGGAAAUUCAUCCUGUGACUAAAUGUGAUUACUGGAAGUUCAACGGUGAAUAUUGGAAACAAAGGCGCGAUCAUAAGCUGGCUGAUGAAGGAGAUAUUUUUUAG